AUGACCCUGCCCGAUUUUCUGACCUAUGCGAUCGCGCUUGCCAUCGCCGCCGCCAUUCCGGGGCCCGGCGUGAUCGCCAUCGUCGCGCGGGCGCUCGGCGCCGGCCUCCGCCCGACACUGCCCAUGCUGUUCGGCCUGGUGCUGGGUGACGUUGUCUAUCUGGCCGCGGCGAUCCUUGGCCUCGCCUAUGUCGCAUCGACCUUCGGCACGCUGUUCGUCGUCAUCAAAUAUGCCGGCGCCGCCUAUCUCGUCUGGAUGGCCAUCGGGUUCUGGCGGGCCGGGGUCACCGCCGAAACGAUCGAUGCGAAGGCCGAUGGCGGCGGUGCGGUGGCCGGCUUCGUCGCCGGCCUGCUGGUCACGCUCGGCAAUCCCAAGACGAUGGUCUUCUAUCUGGCGCUUCUGCCAACCCUGAUCGACAUGACGGCGGUGACCAUGGCGGACUUCACCAUCCUGAUCGCCGUGACAUUUCUCGUUCUGGUCGCCGUCAUGGUGCCCUAUGCGGGGCUGGCGGGCCGGGCACGCAUCUUCCUGAGGACGCCGCGGGCGCUCAAGGCGCUCAACCGGUUUGCGGCCACAUGUCUGGGCGGGGCGGCGGUCGCCAUCGCCGCCCGCGCGGGCUGA